CAAAUGUUGCUUGGUUCUGUAGCCUAAAGUCGAAUAAAUAAGUAAAAAAAAAGAGACUCUUUGGUAUCGCUUGAUAGUUACACACUCAACGAACAUCAUGCUAAAUACUUGCAAAACGCAUAUAAAUUCAACCUUGCCCUUAUUUUGAUUCUUUUUCUUUAAAUAUGUCUUCUUUACCUUUCCCUAUCACUUUACCUACCUUAGCUGACUCUCAAGUUACCCGCUUAAACGCCAAGUCUCCUGAAGACGUUGUUGUUGUUUCUGCUCUUCGUACUGCCCUUGCUAAAGGACGUAAAGGUGGCUUCAAAGACGUCCUUGCUGAUGAGCUUUUAAUGCAUGUUCUCAAGGCUACGAUUGAAAAGACUGGUAUUGAUCCUGCCUUGGUUGAAGAUAUCACUGUCGGUAAUGUUUGUGCUGCAGGUGGUCUUGCUACACCCUCUCGUAUGGCUUCACUUGCUGCUGGAUUUCCUGAAACUACUUCUGUUAGCACUUUGAACCGCCAAUGUUCUUCUGGUCUUCAAGCUUGUGUUCAAAUUGCCACUGCUAUUCAAGCUGGUUUGAUUGAAGUUGGUAUUGGUGCAGGUGUUGAAUCCAUGACUUCUGAUUAUUUUAACCGUGAUAUUCCUUUGUCCGAGAAAUUAUCUCAAGUGCCUGUUGUUGCUGAUUGUAAAUUGCCAAUGGGUAUCACAUCUGAAAACGUAGCUGCUGACUAUGGUCUCACUCGUGAAGAGCAGGAUCUCUUCUCUGUAGAAUCUCACAAGAAGGCUGCUGCUGCACAAAAAGCCGGUCUUUUCAAGGAAGAAAUUGUCCCUCUCACUGUGACUACGCUUGAUAAAGAUGGUAAGCCCAAGACAAUUGUUGUGGACCAAGAUGAAGGUAUUCGUGCUUCUUCUACUGUUGAAGGUCUUGGUAAGUUGAAGCCUGCCUUUAUCCCCACUGGUAGUACCACUGCUGGUAAUGCUUCUCAAAUCUCUGAUGGUGCUGCUGCUGUUCUCUUGAUGAAGCGCAAGACUGCUCAAAAGUUAGGCUUGCCUAUUCUUGGUAGAUACAUUACUUCUUGUGCUGUUGGUGUUCCUCCCCGUGUGAUGGGCGUUGGUCCUGCCUAUGCUAUUCCCGUUGCUUUGGAACGUGCAGGCCUUAAGGUUUCUGAUGUCGAUAUUUUUGAAAUUAAUGAAGCUUUUGCCUCUCAAGCUCUCUAUACUGUCAAGAUUCUUGGUAUUCCACAAGAAAAGGUGAACCCUAAGGGUGGUGCUAUUGCUAUUGGUCAUCCUUUGGGUUGUACAGGUGCCCGUCAAGUGGCUACCUUGUUCCCUGAACUGAAGCGCCAAAAUAAGCGUAUUGGUGUCACUAGUAUGUGUAUUGGUAGUGGCAUGGGUAUGGCUGCUGUUUGGGAAAGCGAAUAGAUCUGAUGUGUAGGACUCUUUUUAAAUGUAUAGUAUUUGUAAAAUAAACCAUGAUUUAGGUACGCGAGACUCAAUGUAACG